AAUACUAUGCUCUUUUUUUAGUAGGGCAGCCCAUUAUUAGGUCAAGGAAGUGCAGGGAAAGCUGCUCGCUAAAAAUAUUAUUUUUUGUUAUUUUUAUCAAAUGCACUUACUGAAAUUAUUAGCCUUUAUUGUUUUUGUGAAAUGAUUUUAAGUUAAUAUUUAUACUACAUUAUGGUAAAGUGGAGUGGCAGAGUGAUUCCCAGGAUACACGAAAAGUGCAAAUGUUGAAAAUUAGAAUGGAAAAAUCACAUGAAAAACUUGGAAAGACAAUGAUGAUGUACCUACAAUCAUUGACUGAUAAUAACUCUCCUGGUCUUGAAAAUGGCUUCCUUGAAAGGGAUCAAUUUUGUUCAUAGAAUUUUCUUUAUAUAAACAAAUGAUUACUCCCUGUAAAGUCAAGAUAAACAGUUGCUAUAUACUCACUGCCACUUGUGAUUUCAUUAUGGAUAUUUUAAAAUCCCAGAUGGACUAAUAAAAUUCUAUAUUGGAAAUAGUUCAAUGCAUAUCAUCUUCCGUAGCAAAAGUACUUAUGUGCCUAUAUGCUACUGUUGUUGCUUUAUGAAAGAAAAUAAAAGAAAUGUAUUCUUAAUUUGAAAUUUAGUUUUCCUGCAUACAAUGGUUACUUAGCUAGGAAAGAAAUUUCAGCUGUUUUUGAGACAAUAUGGUACAUUUUGACUGAAUCACAUAAUAAGGAGUGAUUAUUUUACCUGGGCCUUAUGCCCUAAGGCCGGAGUAGCACUUGGCAGUGAUGAAGAAGCAAAAUGUUCGCACUCUAUCUCUGAUUGUGUGCACAUUUACAUAUUUACUAGUCGGAGCUGCUGUGUUCGAUGCUUUGGAGUCCACAACAGAAAGACGCAGAUUUGAAGUAUUACAAGCAAUUGAAGGCAUAAUAAUUAGAAAGUACAAUAUAACUGAAGAGGACUUCCGUGUGAUGGAGACAGUGGUGCUCAAGUCUGAGCCGCACAAAGCCGGCCAACAGUGGAAGUUUACUGGAGCCUUUUACUAUGCCACUACUGUACUUACUACUAUUGGUUACGGACACUCCACCCCGGCCACGAUCGGAGGCAAGCUGUUCACAAUGUUCUAUGCUAUCGUGGGGAUACCGCUCGGUCUCAUCAUGUUUCAGAGUAUCGGCGAAAGGGUCAACAGACUUAGCAGCGUGAUAAUAAAAUCAAUAAAGCGAGCCAUGAACUGCAAACAGAUCAACGCGACCGAAGUGGACCUUAUUUGUGUUGUCACCACACUGUCUUCACUAACCAUCGCCGGGGGCGCGGCAGCAUUCUCUACCUGUGAAGGAUGGAGUUACUUCGACAGCGUCUAUUAUUGCUUCAUCACACUCACAACUAUAGGUUUUGGCGACAUGGUGGCUCUCCAACGCGACAACGCGCUAAAUCGCAAGCCCUCGUACGUGAUGUUCGCGCUAAUAUUCAUCCUUUUCGGUCUAGCGAUUGUGGCCGCUUGCCUCAAUCUGCUAGUGCUGAGGUUCGUCACUAUGAACACUGAGGAUGAGAAAAGGGAUCAACAGCAGGCUGAACAGGCGCAGCAGGUGGCGGUGCGGCUGGAGGGCGACGUGAUCACAGCGGACGGCGCGGUGCUGCGCGGCGUGUCGCGCGGCACGCGGCUGCCUGCGCAUCCCGCGCAUCUCACUGGAGACACUUCGCUGGUGCCUUUGUACGUGGAUGAAGAAUACGCCCCGAGUGUAUGCAGUUGUGCGUGCAAUUGCUUCGGACCUGCUAACAACUUAACCCAUUCCAGGUCAGCUCCAUACAGGGACCCGCUGUCUCCAGUCCCUCCCACCAACAUCAAACAAAUCAGAUCCAAGAACUACCGGGAGCUGGGCUCCAUACCACGCUUCAUCGAGAAGUCUUCCUCCAAGAACCGCUCACAGUCUCUCCGACUAAACUCUGCUUCUGGAUAUCUAUACAUGAAUGCUCGGAACGACUUCCAACUAGAUCCAGAAGACUUCAGAGAAAUGGUCUCCAAACGAAGGGAGCAGCUGCGGAGAGGCAUGAUGAUGUACGAAAUGAGAUGCAACAACAACGAACAGUACCUAAGAUACAGACACAGCCUCAGCACCAAAAUAGAACUCAGUCCGCAUAGCUCCUCGCUGUAUUCCAUGAACUUGAGGUCUGAAAACCGAAGCAACGAUCCUCUAGUUGAUGACUAUGACUCUGAGAAAUCUAGUUACGCUAAGAAGAAAUUAAUGAAAAACAUAGCUAGGAAUACCAGUAUCAAGCGCAAAGAGAAUUACUUCUACGAUGAUGCUGUGUUGCACUUCGAUGAUGAGUAUGCUUUCGAUGGCUCGAUAUUGUUUGCGAAGCGGAGAAAAUCAAUAGACAGGAAUUGGGACGAUUAUGCCUGUGAGAUGCCAAGGAAUUCCAACUACGGAGCAGAUCAGGUGUCAAACGAUGGUAGCUAUGGUUACUACUUGCCAGACGAUGAAGAACAAGAACAGUAUUUCGUUAACGAUACUCUAACUUUCAAUUUGCCUCCGCACCGCGCCAGUAUAUAGUGAAGUGUUGUGCCAAGACGAUGCCAAAUCUAGGAUUAGUGUUAGAAAUCUCAAUAAAUGGGCCAAUUAAUUAAACUAGACUUUUACAAUUUCGCGUAAGUCCGUUUUGAGCUAUUUUACUUCUUAAAGUAAGGACUGAGGUGAAUGACUAGAUAACUUUAAUGUUAUUAUGUGUGGAAAGGGGAGAAUUGCUUUAUGGUAACGAUAGAUGGCGCCUAAAAUAUGUUUUUAUUCUUUUAAAUAUGUAUUCAACAUUACAUAGCUUCAUUUUAGAUGUCUGACAUUGAAACCAACUCUAGUCUUAAUAUGAAUUAAAAAAAAAUCCCAACCAUCAGAGUGCUAUCUAAAGUAUUGUUAAAAUAUGUUUUGUAUCGCUCUAAUGUUGAUUGCAAAGUGAGAUAGGCACUAAAAAUAUUUUGAUUAAAAUAGUUUUUUUUUUUUUUUAAUUAGAGGGAUUAAAUAAAAAUAUUCUAAAAAAUCUCGGUAACUUUCUCCGCUGCUAUAAGGCCUUUGUCUCAUCCACUUUGCACCAUUUUCGACAUCGUUAGUUGUCAGACUAUUCACACAUCAAACAGCACUACUUGGGUUUGCCCCUUUUGCCAGGGCCAAGAGGAAACCUCAAGGCCAAUCUCUAUCUCCAUUAAAUUAAAGUCAAUAUUCGUUCGCCUCAGUUCAUAUUUAUUAGAAGUAACAACGGAUGGUAGUUUCGGGUUUGAAGUUAUAGCUUUUACACAUAGAUGGGGGUAGCGUCGCGUUUUUUAUUCGUAAUCUAUGACAGAGCUUGCUUCCUGUAGAUAUUGUAAUAUAGUCGAAGAUUGCUUGUUGGGCGAAUGGUGGGCUCUUGCAUACUUUAACACUUUGGACAGUAUACUGCCAUAGCAGAGGUACCAGUCGGAUUUAUUUUGUUUUUCGAAUCAAUGCACUAAAUUAUUAGCUUCAGAAAAAACAUUGUCAAAAGUCUUUACAUAAAUUUUUGAUGUGUUUAAAAAGUAAUCAUAUAAAAUCAAUACAUUGUAUUGCAUUUGUAUUUUGAUAUAAGUAGAUACAGUAUCACGGUUUUAUCCCUAAGGGGUAGACAGAGGCACAACUUCCAAAAAUCCUUCUUCUUCCUUUUAACUUCCUUUUAAUAAAAAAAAUAUUAAAAGGUUUAAUAGGGUUCUAAAUAAAACUAAAUAAAUAAAAAACCUUUUCAAAUAUUUAGAAAGUAAACUGUAUACAAAUUAAAUUGUAGUGUUAUAGUAUGCAUUAGCUCUGAAUAUUAUUUGCGUUUUAGGCAAUGAUAAUGCAAUGAAUUUCUGAACUUAGUUGGGUCAAAGGCAAAAAUUAUAUUAUACUUAUUCAUAGAAAAAUCUACACCCCAUAAAUCUAUACCUCACAGAAUAUACAGCCAUGUUAAUGUCCCCACUACUGGGGCACUGGCCUUUUGGAUAGGUAAGGAGUUUCCUAGUGCGACUUCUUGUCACUAGAUGGCGGUAGGUAUUCCUAAAAGUCAUGAUAGGAAUAAAAUCUGAUACCAGUGACAGCAAUAAAAUAAAGAAAGAAAAGAGUAUAAAAAUAAAUUAUUAUUUUCUAUUAAUUGUACGAAACAUGUUGUUUGAAACAUCGAUGCCUUUUUGCAUUGGACCAGUCGUACUUUGAUCCGGCUACUCGUUCAUUCAUUUUGAAAGUCGCUGAAGGCAUUGAAUGAAAAGGCCUGGCACUGAUAUUAAUAAUUAUUAAUUAAUUCAAGUCGGCAAAUUGACAUUAUCAAACGAUAUACAAUUUUUAUAUUUUAAAUAUCAAUGCAAAUUCGAUAAAAUUGUGUCUCGCAUUUGUUAAACUAUAAUUUUUAUUAUAUACUGUGGUUAAGGAGCCCCUUUAUGUAUGUAAAAGUAUGUUGCCACAUACGCGCACAUUAUCGCGACCAUCUCACUUUGAUUAUAUCUGUAAGCGAAAAGUAAAAAAUAAUCUUAACAAAUCAUGGUAUACUAAGUAAAGAAUUUUAUUUAAAAGUAUUAUAGUUUUCUAUUAUACAAUGUCACAGUUUACUAAACCGAAAACGGCCACCAAAAUGAGUGUAGUGGCGCUAGUGUCCGGGUAGGUACGACCUUGCUUUCGACCAUAAAAAUUGUUAUUUUAAAUCACAAUCUAUUUGCAGGAGUUGGUUUUAUAAAUUACCAAAGUUAUUUGUCUGAUAAUGUUGAUUUCCCUACUAGUUGUUAGCAAUCGUUUUUGAUUGAGCUUCGCGUUACGGGGUUAUCGAUUUGUAUAAUAUAAGCUUAGAUUAUCAUAAAUCGUUUGUCUCAUUUUGGUUCAAUAGUCAGAAAAUAUUACAUUUUAAUAUACUUUACUGAAUUUUAUCAAAAAUGCCAAAUUAAAUGCUAAAAGCGUUAUUAUACAUAUUUUAAAAGUAAAAAAUCCGUGACGAAUAUAAAAUGUCAAACAUUUGAUGUGAUUGGUCGAAAUUCUGACAAAGAUUAUACGUAUACAUGUUUUAUUUCUGACUAUUGACUGUUUGAGAUUGAUUUUAUUAUCGAUACAAGUAAUGAAUUUAUUUCUACUUUCGAAUUAUAUAACUAUAAGAUGAUAAGAUGGAAAAACAUACUUAUGUUCACACGAUUUUAAAGAACAAAAAAAUCAGAGGUACUAUAUAACGUAUUUAUAGCAGAGAAUUUCUACGGAAAAUAUAUCAAAUUGAUAUUAUUAUUAUUAUUAAUUGUCCCAAAUGUGGUUACAUUAAUUCCAAAACCAUAUCUAGAUAACACUAAAAACCAAAGUUAAACUUCACUUCAGUGUGAAAUAAAAGUAACAAUUUAUGAAAUUACGUAUAGAAUUAUACACAAGUAAUAAUGAAAAGCUAAAAUAAUUAUUUACCACAAAACUACUUAUCGUCGAAACGCAUUCUUAGAUUGUUUUAUUGUUGGUCGAACCAUUUUGCUUUAAGCAUAAAAUUUAACGUUGAUUAUCUUCAUUUUAUUAUAACAUUUAUAAAAGCCAUCCAUUAUUAAAUAAUCAAGUAUAUUUAUCUAAAAUUAUGUUGUUGGAACGCAUUGUUACAUUUUAAAAGGUUUGUUUCAUUGGUCUAACCAUUUUGCUUCGAGCAUUUAAAAUUAAAUGGAUAUUAAACUAGGUAUAUAAGUUUUUGAAAAUACUCAUGAAUAUAUUUACUUGGCCUAAGUCUUCUAUUAAUUUGGGGACUUGGGGUCAUUUCCAGAUAGUCUGAUAAACUUAGUUUAAAAUUAUAAGUUUUUUUUGAAAACAUUUUUUUAACAAUAUGUUUUUUGGUAACAAGCCAAUUUUAUGUUAGAAACGCAUUUAUUGCCAAAGAAACCAUAGUGCCAAAGCUUUUUGAAUUCAAAUUUGAUUUUUAUUGACUCUAAUAAUGUACAUACUUUUGCAAUGUCGAUCGUAUCAUGACAACAAGCAUAUAAAAAUCAUUUUUUAAUUUUAAGGUCGCUAUAUAUAAUUUAACUCCCAGUAUUGUUUUGCUGUGAUAUUUUUGUUGUAUUUAUCCAAUUUAUGUAUUGUAAUCAAUGUAAAUAUACUUAAAUCGUUGGUGAAUAUUUGAGAAGGGACUGUUAAAAGGACUUAUACUUACAUAAUUUUAAAUUCUCAGAAUUUUUAUUUUUCAAUAAGGCAAAUACAUAAAUAUGCCUAAACCAGUAAGGGGCUUAUGCAAAUUUUGUAGUCGUGCCAAAAGUAAUGUAACAUUUUGUGAAACAACUCUCAUUUAUUUGAAAACAAUCUAGUCAUUUACACCAGUUAUGUCUACAAUUUAUGUUUCUUGAAGUUGUUGCGGUAAAAAUGGUGAUUUUGAGGAGUAUAGACACGAUUGUCUAUUAUUGUGAAAUUGUGUCUUCUAUUGUAUGUAGAGGAGUGCGUCGGCGCUCAACAUUCCUAUUGUAUAGUAAAUAUUAUUAAUUCGUUAAUGUGAGAUGUAGUUCUCGCGAUCUGAGCUAAAUGUAAUUUUAAUGCAAAUACAUAUACUAAAAAUCGGAUUUCAUUAAAAAAUACAUAAGA